GUACGGUAGUUUCUGUCCCGGCGGGAAAGAGCGGCGGCGGUGGUGUCAGCCCGGGCGCCGCAAGGGGGUCAAAGGACAACAAGAUGGCGGCGUCCUGCGGUGCGAGCUGGGAGGCGGCGGCGCUGCAGUGAGAAGCCUAGACGCUGUGUGCGGGGAGCGCUGCCGCGAUGCCCAAGUACUAUGAGGAGAAGGAGGAGGACGGGCGGGCCUGUGCGGGGGUGCGGGAGGACCUGAGACAGUGUCUGCUCGAGACCUCCUGCGUCACACAGGAAGGAAAAAGCCCCAGACAAUGCUUGAAGGAAGGACACUGCAGAAGUUUGCAGGUUUCUUUUUUUGAGUGCAAAAGGUCAAUGUUGGAUGGCAGAGCAAGAUUCAGAGGAAGGAAGGGAUACUGAAGCCUUUCUGAAGAGAGCCAAGCAUGGGGAAUUGUGGGUGUAUCAGUGCUUUAAGCAAAAUACAAAGACUAAAAUAAGAAGAGUAAGUCUGCUGCAUCCUCCCAGUCAUGAAGUAUUCUCAUGGAAAAUACCUGCUUUCAAGAACUCUGAUAAAUUAAUGCUGGCAUGCACCUAAAAUACUAAAAAGAAAACGAACAUUAGGCUGGCAGUUUGGAGUGAUAUGAAAUGCCCUAAUGCAUUUUAAAUAAACUAUGCAAAAUCCAAAGUAAGCUGUAGCAAUCGUUAGCUGAGUCAAUUUGUUUUGAAAUUGAGAUUUCCAUUCAGUUUUUAGGUUUGUAGUUUUAUUUAUCUAAAAUCAUAAAACGUUGUCAGAAUGAAAUAUUAUAAAAUGAUUGAAAUUGGUAGGCCGCUUGAGUAAUGUUCUGCAGUAUCAUUCAGGAAACCUAAGAUAGGUCUCUUGUUUCCCAGGUUGGUAGGGCCAACAUACACUGAAUGUACAGGUUAGCCUCUGGGGAAGAGAGUGGCUUAUAUUGCUCAAUAGUGAGUUGUUCCAGUUAGAGUGCAAUUGGUACCUGUCCAGUCCCCAAGAACUGUGACAUCUCUUAAUCUCUCCACAAAAUUCCCUUUUUAAUAUGUUGGUUGGUGUAAGUUCAUUCAUACAUUGUAGCCUUUCACUACUGAAGAGCUAAAUUAAAGUUGGAAUUACUCUUAAUAGAUAAAAUAUGUCUGUCUGAAAGUGAUUGUUCUUUUCGAAAAACAACCACUGCUUUUAAGAGAAAUAUAGUUCAUCUGACCAGUACUAGUGUAUAGCUGAAGACUUGCAUAUGAGGAGUAAGAGUAAUUAAAUGUCAUGUUUUUCACCCAGACAUGCAGCUGAAGAGAUAUCGGUUGUCGUUUUUAUCAUACUGUGCUGACAACAGCCUCUAGAUUCCUUUGAGGUUAUGCUGGACUUCCCCCUUACUACCCAAAUAAACAUACUUUACAUACUUGACCACAAUUCAAAAUCACAUUUUUUCUUAACUUCUUAUUAAACAUUAAUUAUGUAUCACAAACUUUA